GUACUAAUAUAUGAAAUGCUUUUAGAAGAUGAAUGAGGAUUGGCUGUGGAUUUUUGCAAUGACUUGUAUUCACUUGUGUACACUUGUGAAUAUUAUGAUGUCAUAUUUUAUUACAGCUUAUUCCUUUUCUAUCUACAAAAAUUAUUUCAUUUGUAGGUAACAUGUAUGGUCUUAUAAUUUUAAAAUAUAGUCUCCAAUAAUAGUAUUAAUUUUGAAUGCAUUGCAUUCUCCAAAAGAAAGAAAUUUAUUGCAGUAUUUGUGUACAGUAAUGAUCGAACAUUUUGUAAAAGAGUUGCUGAGGAUAUAUCUAUAUAUUGCAAGUAGUUGCAUUAGAAAUGAUAGCAAAAGAUAAGUGUCACAGGCUCUGUAAGGUAAAUGUCAUGAAAUUUUCCAUGGUAUCCGGUAUUUUGGUUUCAUGUACAGGUAUAGGACAUUAUUUUACAUUAGUUUGAAUUUUUAGAAAAAUUUUAAGUAAAUGUACAUUUGACUUUUGGUGGCAGACCAAAUAUUUCAGUUAAGACUUGUGAAUAUCAUGGUCCAGGUGAACAUUGAUAAAAGUAGUGUCAUUCAUUCUGCCUCAAAUUUAAUUAUAGAAGCACAGUAAUUAUUGGUGUAUAAUGAGAAGUGCUUAUGUAGAUUUGACUUAGAUCAAUUUUCCAUUUCCUUUGCUUCACCUUUGUUCUCACAGUCUAUUCCGAACUAUGUUGCUUUUAAUUAUUAUGUGCAUAUGAUCUUUUACCUAUUAAUUGCAUUUGAAGGGAAAAAUAUAAUUAAAAUUGUUAAGAUUAGUUAGAUGAGGAAAUCCAUGUGUGAAGGGUUGGUUGCCUUCCUUAACAUGGUAUUUCUCUCAUCUUAUUGGACUCAAGAAAUAACUAUGAAUGUAAAUGUGAACUGUAUGGAUUUGCUGUGUUAGUGCGUUUUGCUGCAGUGUAUGAAGCUUAAUAAACAUUGUUAUUGUUAAGCAAAAUAAAAUAUGAGAAUAGUUCUUAUGAAACUUUGAGCAAAAAUUUGAUAAUCUAUGGCAAUUUCCAUAGAUUGCAUUUUUAUAAACCUGCUACACUUGUUGGUUUUGCCCUGUGCUUCACACCAAUUUAUGUUUUAGACAUAAAUAUAUUAACUGAUAAGGUUGUGUUUGUUUUAAUUACUUGACAACAUGAGUGCUAUUCGACAUUUGUGUUCAGGGAAAGGAGUAUGUAUGAUUGCUGCAAAUAAAGUAAUGAAAUGAAAAUAUUGUGUGGUAUUAAAUAAAUGAUGACUAAGCUAGUGGUAAUGUUUUUAGUCUUGCCUCCCUGAAAAAAUAAAUAAAUAAAAAGAAAUGGAAUUACAUAUUUGAACAUUAGAUCAAAACUGUCAAACAAACUUUUCAAGAUGGAUUGAUUGUCAUUGAAAAUGUACAUUUCAAUUCUAAGUGUAAACACGUAGUACUACAACAGCGCAUAAUAUGUUUUUGGUAAUGGUUGAACACAAUUGUAAUAGCCUUCUAAAAAGGCAGCCAACCCUGAAAAACUCAUCAUCAAAUUAACUGUGAGAAGUUUUAUAUAUCCUUCAUUUAUUGAAAAUUCAAAAGUUUACAUGAAAAUGGCUUUCUGGCAUUGAAUUGCGUUUAUUCUUACAAAAAGUUAGAAGACAACUAAACAAAAAUAUUGAUCCAGGCAGGGAUUCAAGCCAUAUGGCAUCAGUGAGAACCUGAUUGAUAUAAGUUGUAUUAAAUUGGAGUAAUCUGUACA